GACAGUUCAGUGCUGGGAAGCUCAGGGGAACUCGAGAAUAAUGGAAAUACAGCUGUGUUUGAUCUAGCCGCUCGAGUUUUUAUCAUAUGGCAGCUCUGGUGGAGAAUUUACGACGUAUUUAUUUUCUCCUCCUGUGUGUUGGAGUUUGGGCGACGGGCAGCAGAGACAUCCGGUACUCUUUGGAUGAUGAUGUCUUGUCUCCCUACACCGGUUCUUAUGGCUCUUCUCACUCUCAUCGGUACGUGAGGGACUGUCAGCCAAUCACCCAUGGCAACGUAACCCACGAAACCUGGCCGGCCAGCAAUCACUCCGGGUCACCUGUGGUGGAGUCCAAGAUGUUCAUGUCGGACAUCAGCACCAAUUCAGAGACUCCUAAAUGGGUGAGUGGCCACAUCACCGUGGUUCAUGACCCUGUGAGGACAGUGUCUGUUCUAGAGCCUGGAGGCCCAGACGGCUGUGAAAAAUCCCGUAGAGAGCUAGUGGAGAACACUGCUAGAACGAGAAAGUGUCUGAUCGCCCAGAAUGGUGGCUAUUUUGACACGCUCAGUGGACACUGUUUAGGGAAUGUUGUGAGUGAUGGCAGACUGGUACAGAACAGCAGAGGACUGCAGAAUGCCCAGUUUGGCAUUAAAAAGGAUGGGACUCUUGUGUUUGGUUAUCUCUCUGAGGAAGACGUUUUGGAUGAGGUAAACCCCUUCGUGCAGCUCAUCAGUGGGGUGGUGUGGCUGCUGAGGGCAGGAGAAGUUUACAUUAAUGAGAGCAUGCAGGCCGAAUGCGACAGGACUCAGGAGACAGGAACGUUUCAGCGCUUUGUUGAGGUGAUGUCUGCCCGGACAGCAGUGGGUCAUGAUGUGGAGGGCAGACUGAUUCUCUUCCACGUUGAUGGCCAAACAGAUAGAAGAGGCAUGAACCUGUGGGAGGUGGCGGAGUUCCUAAAGAAACAGGGAGUCGUCAAUGCCAUUAAUCUGGACGGAGGCGGCUCUGCUACUUAUGUCCUUAAUGGCUCUCUGGCCAGCCUCCCGUCAGAUCACUGUGUUGAGGCAAUGUGGCGAUGCCCUCGAGCUGUCUCCACCGUGCUGUGUGUUCAUGAGCGUUUGUGCCAGCCAGAGGACUGUAGCCAACAUGGGGUCUGUGUGGAUGGCCAGUGUGAGUGCCAGCCCGGCUGGACCGGGCCCACAUGUGCCAAUUUAACAUGCCAGCCAGCAGCCUGUGGAGACCAUGGGAUGUGUACUCCAGAUGGCUGUGUCUGUGAUGCGGGGUGGAUGGGUGCCAAUUGUAGCCAAGAGUGUGCAGCAGGUUUCUAUGGUGAUGGCUGUAACCAGAUGUGCACAUGCGUAAAUGGAGGAUCUUGUGACUCUGUCCAUGGGCGAUGCUCCUGUCCUGCUGGUUUUUAUGGAGAUUCUUGUGAAGAAGAAUGUCCCCUGGGUUUCUAUGGGCUGCGCUGUCUGCAGCCGUGCCAAUGCAGUGACCUGUGCCCAUGUGAUCCUGUCACCGGCAGCUGCAAUAACACGCUGCAUGACCAGAGGAACAGCAGCCUGCAUAGAGCUGGUCACUGCCUGGCAACCCAAAUGUUGAAGGAGUGGAGAGAGCAGGAGGAGGCUCACAAACCAAGGCCUCAUCUGUCUGAGCAGAGCUGGCUGGUUAUCACCACUGUCUUGGCUGUUCUCUUGCUGACCAGUGUCACUGGAAACAUGAUCCAAGUGUGCCGAAGGUUCAGAGGCCAUCUGCAGGAGUACUCCUAUGUGCCGCUGGAGGAGAUGAACGGACGCACAGGACAGAGCACACAGCCUUUAAAGAGCCUCUUUCUACCAGAUGACUCGGACUCGCAAGACUCCCCAUGACCUGAACAGUGAUCAUAGACUCUGUAUGAUUAGAUCUGUGCAUCUGAAAGUAAGCAUGUCCUGAUGAAUACAUGAGCAUACAUGAGUCAGUAUUUGUAUUAUGGCCAAAACUGUCCUUACAUGACCACAGCUGCCCAAGUGAUCUCUGCCUGAGAGAGUUGCCUUUCUGACUCCAUCUGCAUUGGCUCUGGCCUUUAUUAGUAGGCCUGUCGCAAUUAUUACAUUAUUGUCUGAUUGUAAUUAUUUAAGUUGAUCGCACUUGUUUUUCAUAGUCAUAUGUUCACAUGGCAACAGAAUCUGAUGCAUUUUCAUCAAUGUGAAUCGAAUGCGUUUUCAUCAGUUGGGUUGAGGUAAAGGCUUUUACAUAAAAUAAAUUUUGCAAACACAAGAAAAGUGCUGACUUCUAACCAUGACGCCUUUAGAGGGCAGCGGCGAGUAAUGUGUUUGAGCUCAGGCUGUUUCUGUUGUGGAGUUGUGAGCUACUAAGUAAGUUUGGGCAGUAAUAUGGUAAUAAGGCACAGGGAGAUUCACUCGGAAGAGGCCCCGAAUAUUCUGUUGUAACUCCCAUUAGGAUGAAGCAAUCUGAACCAAAAACAUCCACUACGUACCUUGAUGUGUAAUUGAUUGCAGUACAUGCGAUGCUGGAAGUGAUCUCCGAUUUCUGCCAGACAGAUGAAGGGGUACGGGGGUAUGCACCUGGAAGUUGCGAAUGAAUGUUAAACGUUGCGACGGCUGUCCCGCGCCUACCUUGUUGCUUCGAUGCAGGGGAAUCCCAGCUUGUUCAAUCCCAGCGGUUGUUUUGGUCAGAUUGCUUUGUCCUAGAGAGAGUUAUCACAGAUUAUUUGGGCCUCUUUCGAGUGAAUCUCCCUGUGUAAUGCGUUGUUAAAAACUAUGCUAAUUAUGCAAGUGCACUUUUUUAAUAUGAAAUUUCUGUUCCACCUUCAAAUGGCACAUUCGAAAUAAACACAUUUCACCCAUUUAUAUUUUAGGGGUUCACUGAUUGGUAGUGAGGGAGCUCACUGGUGUGCCACCGAAAGAAGGGGGGGUUACUUUAAAAAACUAAGCAUGUUUGUAGCUUAGCAGCGACUAAGAGCUGUAGACACCACAGAAUAUGUUAAAUUUCAGUGCUCUCAGCUAUCUGCUAAGUAAGUGUCAUUUCAGCGUCAGUUAGCUGGAAAUAAGUCUGAACUAUGCUGUGUGGAAUGUUUGGCCUGCUAACUAAGCUAUCAUUAGCUUAGUCGACUUGCUACAGUUCUGAACACCACAGAACAGAUUUUAAUUCCUCUUUCUCUCACUCUGACACCAGUUGCUUGACUUUUGCACUCACACUUCAGCUACUUUAGCUUUUAAUCAUCUAAACUGAUGUCAGCAGAGCACCAGUUAGUCAGACUAGAACCUGAGCUGUGGUAUGUGGCACUGUUUGGGUCUGUAAUCUGUCCGCUAAGCUAACAUUAAGGCUAAAGAUGCAAACUCUUCACAACAGGUUUAGCUUUGCCUUUCUUUCGCUUCACCAACAGUUGCUUGACUACCCAGCUUUAAGCCCUCUUUUAAGCCCCUUUGUUAGCCAGAAUCCAACAUGUUCUGUGGUGAGCAGAGCUGUUAUCAUUCUAGAUAAGCUAAUGCUAAGUGGCUCCUCUCUCCUAGUUAGCAGCAUUCAUUAAUUCGGUGAAUAAUGGCUUGAGAAUUGUGCACUGUGUACACUUAUUUGGUGACCAUGUAUGCGAACAAACUUUUUCAUUAUUCUCAAUUUUGAAAUAAUGCAGGACUGCACAAAAUUGACAAAUGCUUUUACAUCUUCUACAGUGCUUUUAUCCUUUACCCUUUAACCCCACUGGUAUAUAUACUGCAGUAAUAUUUGGAGAUGGUUUGAAACAAUUGAAUACCACCCAACUCUACUACUAAAGUGCCAACAGCAAGGAAGCAAAUAGCUAGUCAACCAAUUUGGCUACUUUAGGCUUGUAUAUUGUAUACAGUGAACAUAAACGUUUAAUUAAAAUGUUAAUUGAAAACAUUUAUGUGGCAGUCAACCCUUAUUGUAACAGGACUUUUGGGAGUUUUGAGCCAUUUGUUCCUGCUGAUAGUUAAGGAUAUAUUUCACAAGGCAGGAUUUCUCAGUAAACUGGAUAGCCCUAAAGUGAGGACUGUCCGGUCAGAACAUGCCUCAUCUCUGCUGCUUUCAGGCAGGCUUGUCUUUGGAAAUUAAAGGAAAAAUGUUGACCUAAAACACAAUUCGAGUCAAUGGGCAGAUAUACUGUCUGCUCACAGUUCAAAUGUAGCUGUGUCAGCUAUGCCUUCUUGUGGUCAUAUCCCCGCUAGAAAGACAAAGCGAAUGUGCAAAAAUAUCAAAAAUGGAAAAAAUGGCACCUCAUUUUGAGGCUUUUACAGUCUUACUAACAGGCAUCUUGGCUCGGGUUCCAUGGUUUCUCAGUAUUGUCUUGUUUGGUGUUGUUUACUCCAUACUUCAGGAGCUUCCAUUUUGGUCACCAGGCUUGCAUAUUAACUUUAGAAAGGCCCUUCAUUAUCUUGAUGCUCCACUUGUUGCUCUAGCACCAGACCAGGUUGAACUGUGAAUGAAAAUUUCCUUACCUUUUUUUUUCCCUUCAUUCUUUUCCUUUUGAAAACGGUGUGACCCCAUUUGGCUUUUAUUAUUGUCUUGGCCUACAGUUUAUGUUGUCAUAAGCAGUUUCCUUUGGCACACAUUGUAAAUUCAUGCACUGAUUAGUUUUUUUGUAGAUUUCGAGAAGGCAAAACAAGGAAAUUCCCAAUGGACUUCGGACUUGACAGACUCAUUCAUUAGUUUUUUGCGAGGAUGUGUUUACUAAAAUGUUGGGAGGUAAUACCUAACUGAACAAGAGAUGUAAGGGCUAGGAUUAACUGGUUUCAGUGCCUUUUAUUACCUGCCGGCUCAAUAUUUAAAGGAAUUUUAUACAAUAUCACUGUACAAAGGUAAUCAGCUUGGCUCAGUAGAGCCUGUAGAGCCAUUAGUUGCAGCAAUACAGCAACAAAAUGAGCUGCUUUAGUCUAUAGUUGAAUAUCACCAGACAGUUGCCAAACAGAUUGUCAAAACAGGCUGCUUUAUUUUUAUAGCAAGAGAUAUAAAAGCCGAAAAGCAAAUAGUUCAUAGCAUGCUUAUAGUAAGAGAAGAGUGGAAGGGGAGGCGGAGGCAGAUGCCUUUUUUCCACUUUAUUUUUGUGGUGUCAUUCUUCCAGUCCUUUAGGACAUCUGGUGACAUUUCACUUGAACAUGUGAUGGAAGGUGCCAAUGGAUUUUUAUGAUUUUGUACUAAGCUGCUAUUUCUAUGUGUUACUGAGAGUUGCUCAAGUUAAUCUUGUGUUUGAUACUUGGGUCUUGCUGAUUUUGGUGGCUUGAUGAUCAGGCAGGUAUCCCUCUCUGCGAUUGCUUAACGGCAUGGUUUGGUCAAAAAUCAAAUUUAAACAGUUUUCCACUUAACUUGGAUGUAUUUGCUCAGCCAAGGCAUGUUUGGAAUCCAAGUUUUGUAGCUACAAGGUCAACAUUGCUAGCAAAUGCUGGAGGUCAAUAGUAACCCAAAUCUUUUUGGGUAAUACAUCCCCAAACCUCUCUCAGCCCAUUUAAAUGUCCACAUCUUUAUUAUGGCCACACAACCUUCCUUCAAAAGCAGUUAAGGAUGUGUAGACAGAAGAGAUUUGGGUGAUUGUUGAUGUUUAAAUGGGUUUGCUAGCGACUUGUAGCUCCAGCACUGAAAUAAAUAAGCUAAAUUUGGACACCAAACAUGUCUUGUCUAAUCAGCUACAUUUGCAGAAAGCAGAAAAUUCUCCAUCCAGAUUGCCCAUCUGACCCCUUACAGGAAGUACCUUUUGCUUUAUACACAGCUGGUCUUAGAGCCAUGUGACCAUUCCUUUAGUUCUGUUCAUGCAGUGUUCAUGUUUCACCUCUGAUUUAAUGUGAAAGAUCUGAUGUUCUUGUUUAGAGUGUGAUCUCACACACUCACUCAUAAGCUCCUGAAGAUCAUGAUGAGCUGAGUUGGAGUGAGAUGUGAGGUUAGGGUUGGACCUAACAUCUGCAUAUGAGAAGUUGUCUGUGAGUAUAGUGCUAAUGGAUUGGUUUUGAACUGUGAGAAAGUUACUGCACGGUUUCUGCUCAGUGAUGUUCAUAUGAGAGGGUGAGUCCCCUCCACUGUAAAGCUCAGGAGGCCCCAACUCUUCAAUAUCUUCACUUUUUUUUUUUUUAUACUUAAAUGCUCCAUGUACUGCACACUCAAACAAUAAGUCAGGGCAAUCUGAAUGAUGGUUGAGGUUCUACACUACCGUUCAAUGGUUUUCAAUAAUAUAAACUAGUUGUAUAGAAAUGUAUACAAUGAUUCAAAUUUGUAACUGGAUAAUUACAAUAUAUUAUUUAUCAUGUUAUUUGCUUGUUUACAGAUUUAUUGACUGAUUAAAAAUACCAUUUUGGUGACAAGUGUGUUUUUCAAAUACACGUUGCAAACAGUAGUUUAGUAGAUAAAAAAAAAGUUACUAUGGCUAGUGAUUCCAAACUUUUGAACAGUAGUAUAUAUGAGCUUGUGUUUUAUAUGCUGUCUUGUACAUUGAGGUCAGGCAUUUGUAUACAAAGUAAUAUGAAUGAAAUAAAAUAAAUUAUUUAAUAUCAGAUAAAUCUGGUAAUUUCUCACAUGAACCUACGCUAUGAUCCACACUCACGUUGACAUUGUUUUUUUUGUUUUGUUUUUUAUUAAUCACUGUCAACAUGGGUGGUUCCACACUGUUGCUUAGCAUUCUGGUAUCCAUAAUAACUGCGCUCCACCUCUGAUAUGCAUGCAUAAGCUGUGCAAUAACUGUGAUGUACUGCAGUGUGAUUUAUGUGCUUGUUGAUCCUGCAGUUUUAACGUUGCUGUUUGAAUUUGAGCUUGAGAUUUUGAUUUUGAAAAUUUUGAUACAAAUGCUUUACUUUGUUAUUUGUAUUAACAACUAAAAUAAUAUAAAAUAAACAAAUGUUGAAAUAGAAA